GGCGGCCGCGGCCGACGCGGACGCUCCGUGCGCCCCCCGCGGGCCGCCGCCUCCCUCGGCGCGCGGGGCCGGCAUGGAGCUCUUCCAAGCCAAGGACCACUACAUCCUGCAGCAGGGCGAGCGCGCGCUGUGGUGCAGCCGCCGCGACGGGGGCCUCCAGCUGCGACCCGCUACUGAUCUACUUCUUGCCUGGAAUCCUGUUUGUUUGGGGUUGGUAGAAGGUGUUAUUGGGAAAAUUCAACUUCAUUCAGAUCUUCCAUGGUGGCUUAUUCUAAUUCGGCAGAAAGCAUUGGUGGGCAAACUCCCAGGAGACCAUGAAGUCUGUAAAAUUACCAAAAUUACUGUGCUAUCACUUUCUGAAAUGGAACCUCAGGAUCUUGAGCUAGAGCUCUGUAAGAAGCAUCAUUUUGGGAUUAACAAACCAGAGAAGAUUAUAUCAUCUCCUGAUGACUCAAAGUUUCUACUGAAGACCUUUACGCACAUUAAAUCCAAUGUGUCUGCUCCUAAUAAAAAGAAAGUUAAGGAAAGUAAAGAAAAGGAGAAGUUGGAGAGACGAUUACUUGAGGAGUUGUUGAAGAUGUUCAUGGACUCAGAAUCCUUUUACUAUAGCUUGACCUAUGACCUGACCAAUUCGGUGCAGAGGCAGAGUGCUGGGGAGAGAUACGGCCGUCCCCUCUGGCAGAAGGUUGAUGACCGAUUUUUUUGGAAUAAAUAUAUGAUACAAGAUCUUACUGAGAUUGGUACACCAGAUGUGGACUUUUGGAUUAUCCCCAUUAUCCAAGGUUUUGUGCAGAUUGAAGAACUUGUGGUUAAUUAUAAUGAAUCAUCUGACGAUGAGAAAAGCAGCCCAGAGACCCCCCCUCAGGAGUCCACCUGUGUAGAUGACAUUCACCCACGAUUCCUAGUUGCUCUCAUUUCACGCCGAAGUAGGCACAGAGCAGGAAUGCGCUAUAAACGGAGGGGAGUGGAUAAAAAUGGAAAUGUUGCAAAUUACGUGGAGACUGAGCAAUUAAUUCAUGUUCAUAAUCACACCCUGUCAUUUAUUCAAACACGAGGCUCUGUGCCUGUCUUUUGGAGCCAGGUUGGGUAUCGCUAUAAUCCAAGACCUCGGUUGGACAAAAGUGAAAAGGAAACUGUUGCCUAUUUCUGUGCCCAUUUCGAAGAACAACUGAAAAUUUACAAAAAACAGGUUAUUAUUAACUUGGUGGACCAGGCAGGAAGAGAGAAAAUUAUUGGUGAUGCUUACCUGAAGCAAGUAUUAUUGUUUAACAACUCACACCUCACUUAUGUUUCAUUUGACUUCCAUGAGCACUGCCGAGGAAUGAAGUUUGAGAAUGUUCAAACACUAACAGAUGCCAUUUAUGACAUUAUUCUUGACAUGAAGUGGUGUUGGGUCGAUGAAGCUGGGGUAAUAUGUAAACAAGAAGGGAUUUUUCGUGUUAAUUGCAUGGACUGCCUGGAUCGUACCAACGUGGUCCAAGCUGCUAUUGCACGAGUGGUCAUGGAACAGCAGCUGAAAAAAUUAGGUGUGAUGCCCCCGGAACAGCCACUACCUGUGAAAUGUAAUCGGAUCUACCAGAUAAUGUGGGCUAACAACGGUGACUCCAUUAGCAGACAAUAUGCUGGCACAGCUGCUCUGAAGGGUGACUUUACAAGGACGGGUGAAAGGAGGUUAGCAGGAGUGAUGAAGGAUGGAGUUAACUCUGCAAAUAGGUAUUACCUCAAUCGAUUUAAGGACGCAUAUAGGCAAGCUGUUAUAGAUUUGAUGCAAGGCAUUCCAGUGACAGAAGAUCUUUACUCAAUAUUUACCAAGGAGAAGGAGCAUGAAGCUUUGCAUAAGGAAAAUCAGAGAAGCCACCAGGAACUAAUCAGCCAGCUCUUACAGAGUUACAUGAAAUUACUACUGCCUGAUGAUGAAAAGUUCCAUGGGGGUUGGGCCCUCAUUGACUGUGACCCUAGCCUCGUUGAUGCUACUCACAGAGAUGUGGAUGUGCUGUUACUGCUUUCUAACUCUGCCUACUACGUGGCCUAUUAUGAUGAUGAAGUUGAUAAAGUAAACCAAUAUCAACGACUAAGUCUGGAAGACCUGGAAAAAAUAGAAAUAGGUCCCGAACCCACUCUCUUUGGUAAGCCAAAGCUCUCCUGCAUGCGAUUGCACUACAGACAUAAAGAAGCAAGUGGCCAUUUCCAUACACUAAGAGCUGUAAUGCGCAAUCCGGAAGAGGAUGGGAAAGAUACUCUUCAGUGCAUUGCAGAGAUGCUGCAGAUCACCAAGCAGGCCAUGGGAUUGGAUGUACCUAUAAUUGAGAAAAAACUUGAGAGGAAGAGCAGUAAACCUCAUGAAGACAUCAUUGGUAUCAGAUCUCAAAACCAAGGCUCUUUGGCACAGGGAAAGAAUUUUUUAAUGAGCAAAUUUUCAUCUCUAAAUCAAAAAGUGAAGCAGACCAAAUCCAAUGUAAACAUCGGCAACCUACGAAAGUUAGGAAACUUUACAAAACCUGAAAUGAAAGUUAACUUUCUAAAACCAAACUUAAAAGUAAAUCUUUGGAAAUCAGAUAGUAGUCUUGAAACCAUGGAAAACACAGGAGUGAUGGAUAAUAAGGUCCAGGCCGAGUCUGAUGGUGACAUGUCUUCAGAUAAUGACUCAUAUCACUCUGAUGAAUUCCUUACAAAUUCUAAGUCUGAUGAAGACAGGCAGCUAGCUGAUUCUUUAGAGAGUGCAGGGCCGAUAGAUUAUGUUCUUCCUAGUUGUGGUAUUAUUGCUUCAGCACCUCGAUUAGGCAGUCGAUCCCAGUCUGUUAGCAGCACUGACAUUAGCAUUCAUGCUCCUUCUGAGGUUAUGGUCACUCAUGAAAGUGGGCUUGGAAAAGGCCAGGAGUCUCCUUUGAAGAAAAGUCCUUCUGCUGACAACAUACACAUACUGACCGACUUUGCCAAGCCUGUGGAUAUUUACUGCCACAGAUUUGUGCAAGAUGCACAAAACAAAAUGACCCAGCUAUCAGAGACCAGAUCUGUGUCUCAGCAGGCUAGUGAGGAAGGAAAUCAAAUAACCAAUCAAAUUUCUAAUGAAGGAACCCAGUCAGAAUCAACGGAACAAACACUUGCUCGGCCAUCUCAAUUAGAUGUGUCUUUUUCUGCUACAGGCCCACAGUUUUUGUCAGUUGAACCCGUGCAUUCAGUCUUAUCGCACAAGACCCCCAGCUCUGGUUCCAGCAUGAUUGAAUUUGAGACAGGGCUUCGUGUAACUUCUACAGAAAGCGGUAGCAGCAGAGCAGUCUCUCCCUUUGCAAAGAUUCGAAGUUCCAUGGUCCAAGUUGCUAGUAUUACCCAAGCUGGGUUAACCCAGGGGAUAAACUUGGCAGUGGCAAAAGUUCAGAAGAGUCCUGCAGAACCUGAAGUGGUCAAUGAAAUCCAGCAAAAUGAACUUAAAAAUAUGUUUACACAAUGCCAGACACGAAUAAUUCAGAUUUAGUUUUUAGCCACAAAGAAUCCUUCCACGGCUUUUAUUUAAAAAUUCAAAAAGGAGUUUUCACAUAUUAGGCUAUUUUAACUUGUACUGUCUGAAUUUAGGGAUCAGAAACUAAUUAUUGGGAAGGGUUUUGAAAGGAAUCUGAACCUGAGCAGACUUCCAAAUUUGAGAGCCAGGACUACAGAAUUGCAUCAUCAUGGAGUGUAGACUUGAGUAGCUUGUACACUACAAAGCAGUUUGUUCGUUUGAAAGUGAUUUAGGAACAGGUCCCUUUGGGAUGUGAAUUUGAGUGGGGUGGGGGAGUAUAUGAAGUAGAUAUAUAAAGUGUGGACAUGGACACAUUUAAGGGGUUGGUGUUUUUCAUAAUUCUCUUUGUCAAUUCAUUCCUGUGUAUUAUCUCUACAAGCUAAAUUAUGCAUUAGUUUUCAAAACUAUUUGUUUUGAUUGCUUUAACCAUUCCCUGUAAAGAGUUUAUUGAGUGCUAUUGACACUGCAGUCAAGAAAUGUAUUUUCAUUUGAUCCUAAUUUUCUCCGUAUUCUACUUGGACAAAUUUAAAAUAUUCUGCCGUCUUAUACUCUCCAAAGUCUAGGAGUAUUAGACUUGUCAGUCUUAAAGUAAACCUGAUACAUUGGACCAGCACCCAUUAAAUUGCAUUUUGCUCUGUUUUUAGGAAUGUAAGAAUAUAUGCACAUUGGCUACUGGAAAUUCCAGAAGGAAGUUUGUUUUUUCUGGUGGGGGGCAUUCCUCAACAUCUUGUGUAGACUAUCACAAAAAAUUUAGUCUGAAGUCCAAUUGUGCUAAAACAGGUUCUAUGACUACCCCUGACCAGAUAGAACCAGGGCCUCCUGUAACCCACACAGUAAGAAAGUUGCACGGUGUAUUCCAAUAAGUAUCAGUUUGUCUGGUAUCUUUAGAGCCUUACUUUGUUGAAGUGAUUCUCAGCUGAAGAUUAUGUCUGUUGUAACUUUGAUAAGCAUUCCACUUUUGUUAUUUAUUAGUGGUGUCUUUUUUGAAGUGUCAAAUCUUGUGACUGUUAAAAUAAAGUACCAUUGUAAUUUAAA